UCAAACAUAGUACAGUCAUCAUGAUUUGAACUAUCGGAAGAAAUUCAAGUGGUUGUGCUAGAAUUAUCGCAAAUUAUAUUGGGCACCUUACGUAAAAAAGACAAGUUUCGUUCAUUGCGUGAAUGAAAAGCCACCAAAAUGAAGCUUACAUUAUCUCUACUAGUGUUUGUGUUAAUUUCAACCGUAAAUAGUGCCAAAAUUCUGGGUGUUUUCCCCGUGCCUGGCCGCAGCCACUACAUCCUUGCCAGUUCUCUUAUGCGAGCCCUUGCUGAAAAAGGGCACGACGUUACGGUCAUUAGCUGUUUCGGCGAAAAAAUUCCCCCGAAAAAUGGAACCUACAGAGACAUUGUGGCGACUGGAGUUUUCGACGAAAUGCAAAAGGAAAUGAACUCGAAAAACAUGUCCAUGUUCGAAAUCGGGGGCGCAAGCCCCCUACUUAAUGCUUUUUUCAUGGCAGUUCUGUUGCCCGAAAUGACCGAAAAGGCUCUAAAGCACGAAAAUGUCCAAAAAUUCAUAAACUCAGACGAGAAGUUUGAUGUUGUGAUUGUGGAGCAGUUUGCAAAUGAUGCACAAAAGGCCUUAUCGACGCAUUUUGGCGCCCCGUUGAUCACUUUCAGUACACUGGGGGCCAAUUAUUGGGUAAAUCCCCUAGUUGGAAACCCCUCCCCGCCUUCUUAUAUCCCGGAUCUGAUGUCGGACUAUUCAGUUCCAAUGACAUUUGUCGAAAGAUUGGAAAAUAGUCUUGUGUACGUUAUGAACGAGCUGCUGUACAAUUUUUACAUUUUUCCGAAACAAAACGAACUCAUGAAAAAGUACAUCCCAAGGGCCCCAGCUCACAUCAAUGACGUGCUUUACAACAGUUCUAUUAUUUUAAUGAACGCGCACCCCAGUAUCAACCAACCUGUCCCAUAUGUGCCCAACAUGGUCGAUAUCGGAGGCUUUCACGUCAAACCCCCCAAAAAACUACCCCAAGACUUACAAGAAUUUUUAGAUGGUGCCAAAGACGGUGUUAUUUACUUCAGCAUGGGUUCUAAUCUAAAAAGUGCCGAUUUGCCAAACGACAAACGCGACGCAAUUCUUAAAACGUUCGCAAAAUUGAAACAAAAAAUUUUGUGGAAGUGGGAAGACGAAAAUUUGCCGGGAAAACCACCAAACGUUAAAACCGCCAAAUGGUUACCCCAACAAGACAUUCUUGCACACCCGAAUGUUAAACUUUUUAUAACCCAUGGUGGUCUUCUAAGCACCACUGAAACCAUCUACCACGGAGUGCCCAUUCUGGCAGUACCUAUUUUCGGUGACCAGAAAUUGAACGCAAGGUCUGCGGUCAAGGGUGGGUAUGGAGUUCAUCUGCCUUAUGAAGAACUGAACGAAGAAACUUUAACUAACAGUAUUAACGAAGUUUUAAGUAACAAGAAGUACAAAGAAAAUGUUCAAAAACGGUCGAAACUCUUCCACGACCGUCUAGUUAGCCCUAUUGACACUCUUACUUACUGGGUUGAGUAUGUUGUUAGACAUAGAGGGGCACCUCAUUUGAGAGUUGCAGCCUUGGACCUGCCUUGGUACAAAUAUUUGUUAUUAGAUGUUAUUGCAGUAAUUGCUUUAGUGCUAUUAACUUUGUUGCUUAUUUUCUGUUACGUUGUAAAAUUAGUUUGCAAGAAAUUGUGUUCAAAGAAGAGUAAGAAAACGAAGAAAGAAUAACACGAUAGGAAAUAAGAAUUGUAUUUAUAAUAAAAAUAAAAUAAUAAAAAAUAAAAUAAAAAGAGAGCGUAUAUGUGCGCACCAGGAGUAUAGGAAAUUAUCAUUCCCAAACAAUUUGACUAAAAACAUUAAAGAUGCUAAGGCAUGUUAUCAGAGAAAUAUUAUUAACUAUUAUCAUUAGCUCAAUGGUCCUGUAAACAUACCAGGAGACAUUUGUGAUAAUGUUAAUGACAUUACAUGUUUGCCAAUAAAUUUUGCGAAGUUUUUA